CGGUGACGUAAUUACAGUGCGCUGAAGCAGUAAAAGGCAGUGGAGUGGCGGCGAAUUCCCCAGUCUAGAACUACAAUGAGUCUGUUCGGGACAAGUUCUAGUUUCGGAUCAGGGGGCACCAGCGUGUUUGGCAGCGCCACUACCGACAGCCACAACCCCAUGAAGGAUGUUGAAGUGACGUCUCCUCCUGAUGACAGCAUCAGCUGCCUGGCCUUCAGCCCGCCUACCAUGCAGGGAAACUUCCUGAUUGGAGGAUCCUGGGCCAAUGAUGUGCGCUGCUGGGAGGUGCAGGAUAAUGGACAGACUGUCCCAAAGGCACAGCAGACGCACACAGGCCCAGUGCUGGACAUCUGCUGGAGUGAUGAUGGGAGCAAAGUUUUCACUGCUUCAUGUGACAAAACUGCAAAAAUGUGGGAUCUUAAUAGCAACCAGGCAAUGCAAAUAGCCCAGCACGAUGCCCCAAUCAGAACUGUCCACUGGAUAAAAGCUUCUAACUACAACUGUGUCAUGACCGGAAGCUGGGACAAGACUUUAAAGUUCUGGGACACCCGCUCUCCAAACCCAGUGAUGUCUCUGCAGCUGCCAGAGAGAUGCUACUGUGCUGAUGUGAUUUAUCCGAUGGCAGUGGUAGCCACAGCCGAGCGAGGACUGAUUGUCUACCAGCUAGAGAACCAGCCCUCGGAAUUCCGCAGGAUAGAAUCUCCGCUGAAGCACCAGCAUCGCUGUGUUGCCAUUUUUAAGGACAAACAGAAUAAGCCCACUGGAUUUGCCUUAGGGAGUAUCGAGGGGAGAGUGGCCAUUCACUACAUCAACCCCCCAAACCCAGCCAAGGACAACUUUACCUUCAAGUGUCACAGGUCCAAUGGAACUAACACUUCUACACCACAAGAUAUUUAUGCUGUUAACGCGAUCUCCUUCCACCCUGUGCAUGGGACUUUGGCUACAGUUGGGUCUGAUGGGCGCUUCAGUUUCUGGGACAAGGACGCCCGGACCAAGCUGAAGACCUCGGAGCAGCUGGACCAGCCCAUCACGGCCUGCUGCUUCAACAGCAACGGCAACAUCUUCGCUUAUGCCUCCAGCUAUGACUGGUCUAAGGGGCACGAGUACUACAAUUCUCAGAAGAAGAACUACAUCUUCCUGCGCAAUGCGGCUGAGGAGCUGAAACCCCGGAACAAGAAAUGAUUCUUCAGCUAUGUCACUUCUAUUCUGCAACACCAGAGGGUUGGAAAACGGAAGACCUGCCUUAAUAUGUAUAUAGAAGAAAACCUCUAUUGGCUUACACCUGGACCAGGGGUGGGGCAUUGUGUAUAAACGGACCAAUUGGCAGAACUCUUCUGCUCACAUUGAAGCCAUGGGCGUGACUACUUUGGUCACAUGAGGACCAGGAGAGCAGGGGGAUUUGUUUUUGUCUGCAAGUUAUCUUAAUUCACUUUGGAUUCCAGUUUUGCUGUUCAUUUGUGAUUUAGUCAUGUUUAAGGUGCAGAUCUAUAAAAAAAAUAAAAUGAUGUUCUACACUUCA